GAGCGAGGAUUGGGUGGAGGGCGGGGCGGCGGAGGGAUUGCGGCUCCCCUGCAGCGGAGAUAACCUUGAGGCUGAGACGGCCGCCUCGGCACUGGAGCGACGUCCUCGUAGCCUCCGAACCGCUCUGCAGUAGCUCCAGCCGGACCACGCCGGAGGACUUCAGAAGUCAUGUCGAAGCCCCACAGCGACGUUGGGACUGCCUUCAUUCAGACCCAGCAACUGCAUGCGGCCAUGGCGGACACGUUCCUGGAGCACAUGUGCCGCCUGGACAUUGACUCCCCACCCAUCACGGCCCGGAACACUGGCAUUAUCUGUACCAUCGGCCCAGCUUCCCGAUCAGUGGAGAUGUUGAAGGAGAUGAUCAAAUCUGGAAUGAAUGUGGCUCGUCUGAACUUCUCUCAUGGAACUCAUGAGUACCAUGCAGAGACCAUCAAGAAUGUGCGCGCAGCCACAGAAAGCUUUGCCUCUGAUCCCAUUCUCUACCGGCCAGUUGCGGUGGCCCUGGACACUAAAGGACCUGAGAUCCGAACGGGGCUCAUCAAGGGCAGCGGCACCGCGGAGGUGGAGCUGAAGAAAGGGGCCACUCUCAAGAUCACUCUGGACGACGCCUACAUGGAAAAGUGUGACGAAAACACCCUGUGGCUGGACUACAAGAACAUCUGCAAGGUGGUGGAAGUGGGCAGCAAGAUCUACGUGGAUGAUGGUCUCAUUUCUCUGCAGGUGAAGGAGAAAGGCGCUAACUUCCUGGUAACAGAGGUAGAGAAUGGUGGCUCUUUGGGCAGUAAGAAGGGUGUGAACCUCCCUGGGGCUGCUGUGGACCUGCCUGCCGUGUCAGCAAAGGACAUCCAGGAUCUGAAGUUCGGGGUAGAGCAGGAUGUAGAUAUGGUAUUCGCAUCCUUCAUCCGCAAAGCAUCCGAUGUCCAUGAAGUCAGGAAGGUCCUGGGAGAAAAAGGAAAGAACAUCAAGAUAAUCAGCAAAAUCGAGAAUCAUGAGGGGGUUCGGAGGUUUGAUGAGAUCUUGGAAGCCAGUGAUGGGAUCAUGGUGGCUCGUGGUGAUCUGGGCAUUGAGAUUCCUGCAGAGAAGGUGUUUCUUGCUCAAAAGAUGAUGAUCGGGCGGUGCAAUCGAGCUGGGAAGCCUGUCAUCUGUGCCACGCAGAUGCUGGAGAGUAUGAUCAAGAAGCCCCGCCCCACCCGGGCAGAGGGCAGCGAUGUGGCCAAUGCCGUCCUGGAUGGAGCCGACUGCAUCAUGCUAUCUGGGGAGACAGCCAAAGGGGACUACCCCCUGGAGGCUGUUCGCAUGCAGCACCUGAUUGCCCGUGAGGCAGAGGCCGCCAUCUACCACUUGCAAUUAUUUGAGGAACUCCGCCGCCUGGCGCCCAUUACCAGUGACCCCACAGAAGCUGCCGCCGUGGGUGCCGUGGAGGCCUCCUUCAAGUGCUGCAGUGGGGCCAUAAUCGUCCUCACCAAGUCUGGCAGGUCUGCUCACCAGGUGGCCAGGUACCGCCCCCGUGCCCCCAUUAUUGCUGUGACCCGUAAUCACCAGACGGCUCGCCAGGCCCACCUGUACCGUGGCAUCUUCCCCGUGCUGUGUAAGGACCCAGUGCAGGAGGCUUGGGCUGAGGAUGUGGACCUCCGGGUGAACUUGGCCAUGAAUGUUGGCAAGGCCCGAGGCUUCUUCAAGAAGGGAGAUGUGGUCAUUGUGCUGACUGGGUGGCGUCCUGGCUCUGGCUUCACUAACACCAUGCGUGUAGUGCCUGUGCCGUGAUGGGCUCCGGAAGCUCCUCCGACCCCUAUCCCAUCCCUUUCCCCCAACCCAUCCAUUAGGCCAGCAAUGCUUAUAGUGAGUGCUCACUUAGGGCUGUGGUGUGGCACUGGUGGGCUGGGACACCAGGGAGGAAGACUAAUGCCUCUGUAAAACACGGCUACUUUUAAGACCCUGCUCAGGUGAGGUAGCCCGGAGCUAGGCUACUCAUCUUAUGGCCCCACCCAAGCAAGAGAGGCAGGGGUGCAGGACUGGAGGCUCCAGAGCUUAACAUAGAGGGCAACAGCUCCUGCUUCUCCUUUGUGCAGUCCAUCCAGUUCCUGUAGAAAUGUACACUCAAAGAACCCACAAGCCUCGUCUGGGGUCAGGUGACAGCCAGCUAGAGAAGGCACUGGUUCCAGUGUCAGCAGACUCUGGCCUUCACUUGCUUCUCUAACCCCGUCAGCCUUCCCCACUCCUACCUUCUUGUGCACUUCUGUUCCUGCACUCGACUCAGCUGUCACUACAGACAAACACUCCACCCUCCACCUUCAUUUUUCCCACUCCAGCUGCCUCCAGGCCUGUUGCUAUAGAGCCUACCUGUAUGUCAAUAAACAGCAGCUGAAGCACC